GCAUCCCAUUCGCACUGUGCUCGACGCCUCGCCGACCUCAGGACGCACUGGCGAAUAUGGUGGACAGAAGUCACCGCGUCUCUCGACUCUCUGUGCAUCCUCGCUAUGCUCCGCGGGAAUCCGUCUUCACGAGCGCUCCGGAGCUGUACCGUUCGGACAACGCUGUCUGCAGCCCUUUUCUACGUGAAUGUGUGCUUGCCAUGGAGGAUUGUUGCGAGGAGGCGAGGGAAGCGCAGAAGGUCGUCCGUGAGGGCACCUACGACCUGCCCCGCAUCACAAAGGUGCUGGAGAAUGAGCGGAUAUUUCUACUCACUGAAGAGGCAACCAUCAGGAGAUACAAGGCCGACCUCACAGACGAAAUUGAGCCACAGAUUAACGAGUUGAUCUCCAGGGCGGAGAAGGGGCUUCAGAUCCUGCUAAAGAGGGAGAGCAUGCUGCAAGCUAAGGUCGAAGCGUCCAUGUCAAAGCGGCCAUCCUCACGAACGGCGGUCACUAUCAAUACGGCGGGGAUGUCGAAGCUAGACAUUAGGAAAAUCCAGAUGCUCUCCAGGCAGCGCGAGAAGCUCGAAGAUGAUGCGGCGGCUUUACACAGGGAAAUCGACGAGUUGGAGCUCGCAGCAAUGAAGAAGAGAUGAUCAAGCUCACUUCUCGGGGUUCACAUUCCCCGAUGACGACCGCCUCGGCCACUUCGCCCGCCUUCAGCUCGGACGGCCCUUCGGAGGCUCGUGGAGGGAGGGCGACCAGACCGUUCGCUCCGCUGAGGCUUGCCACCCUGCUGGAGCGCUGCCCGCCCGUACUGUACGCCACCAAUCCGCCGGAGCCGGCCUUGAUGACCACGCGGUGGUACUCCAGUCGAGGGUCGAGGCGCAUGGAGUCGCGUAGCUAUACCAAGGUGUACCCCUUAGACUAUACCCAAUGAUACCACAGCUUCAAAGUGUCAC